GGACGGACUACCAGUGCCCACUGGUUUUGAGGAUUCAAAACCAUUCUAUUGGCAGCUAUUAGAUAGUACAGGCCUUGGGAUUCUCACCUAGUUUUCAGCGUUGGCGUCGUAUGACAUAAUACACUCUGCUAUGGAUAUACUAUGGUUAGUUUAUCUUCCCUGGAUAACUCCGACACCUGCCUGUCCUGAUUGACCCUAGCCAGCAUCGUAGUAAUUUUGAGGUGCUUCAAAAAUAUUUGAUCCUAGCCAGCGUCGAGGUGAGGCGAGGCGAGGCGAGGCGAGGCGAGGCGAGGCGAGGCCAAAGAAAUCGUCGCCGUUAUUCUCUCGGCGAGGCUUUUGACUUUUGAGGCGCCUAAGAAAUCGUCUAAAGACUCACUGCCUAUUAGCUCUCAGCGAGGCCUCUGCCAAAAGCCUUUGCGGUGGAGGUUACCUCAGGUGGUAACAGCCGUUAACAGCUGCCAAAUCUUACAAGAUGGUCCAACCCCGGCUUCUGUGCGUGGUGUUGGGGAUUCUAUCCGCGGCGACGUUACGUGCAGUGGCUAUUAGGAGCACUCAAGCCCCUCUUCGCAUCGACUGCGGGUCCGACACCCCAACAUCAGCCAACGGCCUGGAUUGGCUCGCCGAUAACUACUCCAACGGUGGCGAUUCACAUAUCAUCUCGAACCCUUCUGCCAACACUUCCCAAGGGUCUUCGAUCAACUUGAAUGCUGUGGAAUCUACACUCCGCGCCUUCCCCCCCGGCACUACAGGCUGCUACAACAUCCCCGUUAUAAAGGGCCGCUAUCUCGUGCGCCUGGGCUUCGCUUAUAACAACUACGAUAACCGCAACAUGCCGCCGAGUUUCAGCGUUCUAGUGCAGGACACUUUUGUGGAGAGUGUAAAUAUGACCGUUGUGCAGUACAACUUCAGCGGCGCAGUGUAUUACUCUGACUAUAUCGCGUACGCCCUGAAGGGGAAGCUCUCACUGUGCUUCCAGCCGCUACCGGCGGACUUGGGCUCUGUCGGCCACAAGGCCAGGCCCGAGCCUGGCGGCAAGGUCGGCCCCGAGGCUGGCAGCUCCGCUAUAGUGAACUCGUUAGAAGUUCUGCCGCAAGACACUGACGCGUAUGACGCUGCUACACUCGGCAAUAAUGUUAUCCUCUCCACAUACCUCCGGCUCAACAUGGGGGGAGGCAUGGUCGGGCCCGAGCCUGCAGACCCAGGCUUCCGAACCUGGAUCGGGGACGUUCGGCCGGACCAGGGCAACUAUUCAGUGGUUACGAAGCAAUCUGCCUUGGGAUCGAUCUCUGGCUCGGGAGUUGCGCCUGACUACCUCCCUGCAGCAGUUUUUGAAUCUGCCCGAGCUGCCCUGACUCCCGUGACAAACAGGAGUGACGGUGGCGGCGGGCAGUCUACGCUUCCGUCUCCUUCUCUGCCUCAAGCGACGGGCUUCCGAAUGAUGCUGUUGCCCGUGGACCUAUCCGGCCUCUGGUAUAUCCGGUUCUAUUUCGCCGAGCUGGAUCCCUCUGCUCGGGCCGGCGACCGUGUGUUCGAGAUCCUGCUAGGCAACGGUUACGUAGUCAAGACCAGUGGAAACCAGACCGGCCUGUCCACUGGUUACCAGAUCGGUCAGUCGACUGGUAACCAUACCGGCCUGUCCAGUAGCAACCAGACCGGCAGGUUUGACAUUCUCGCUAAGGUGCCCCCGUUAACAGCACUGGUGGUGCCGGUGAUUUUCAACCUUUCGGAGCAUGCGUCGAGCCAUGGGGCAGCAUUCCCCGGCGCGGGCUGGGAAGAGGGUGGGCAUCUGGAGGAGGUUUGGGAUCUGGAGGUGGGAGUGCGCACGGUGCGGGGAAGCAGACUGCCAGGGGUGAUCAGCGGAGUGGAGCUGUUUGAAGUGAUUCCGCAAGCCAGUACUGAGAGCGCAGGCAUCACUCGCCCUCUCCCAGACCCAACACCAGCCCCACCAUCAGCCGCAGCACCAUCAGCACCAGCACCCGCACCAUUGGCACCAGAACCCGCUACAGCCACACCUCCUACCUCCCCCUCAACCGCACCUACAGCCCCCACUUCUGGCACACCUCAGCCACCUCCAGGCCCCCCCUCAGCCGCCCCCUCAGGCUCCCCUGCUGUUGGCAUAUCCCCAGCCCUGCCCCUUGCACCCCCGUCUGCCAAACCCACUGGCCAGUCACCACCUCCCCCUGCUACCACCCCCCCUUCCACCUCUCCCACUUCCACCUCUCCUCCCAGCCCCCCUCCUCCCACUCGCUCGGCCUCCCCUUCUCUCCACCACGCUCCUCCCACCCUCUUGCGCCUGCUGUUCCUCCUCCUAUUGUCCUGCCUGCUGCCCUCUAGCUUGUUGUAGUUAGCAACGAAUUUGAGGCGCCUCAAUAGUCUCCCCUUCUCUCCACCACACUCCUCCCACCCUCUUGUUCCGGCUGUUCGUCCUCCUCCUCUUGUCCUGCCUGCUGCCUGUCGUAGUUAGCAACGAAUUUGAGGCUCCCCUUCUCUCCACCUCACUCCUACCACCCUCUUGUUCUGGCUUUUCCUCCUCUUGACCUACCUGCUGCCUGCAGGCCUGUCGUAGUUAGGGAUGAAACUUGAGGCGCCUCAGAAGUCUCCUCUUCUCCUUUCCACACCCCUCGCACCCUCUUGUUCGGCUGUUCCGCCUCUUGUCCUGCCUGCUGCCUGUAGGCCUGGUGUAAAUUGUGACGAUUGUUUAGUCUGCGACAAUGGCAGUGGCAGGUGCAGCUGCUGUAGCAGCUGCCAUCUGUGGUAGUGGGAGCAGCAGCAGCAGCAGCAGCAGCAGCUGGAGCAGGAACAGGAGCAGGAGCGGCAACAUCACAAGGAAUCUCAGUUCUUAGCAGCAAGUUGUCUAGCUGUAACCGGAUAGUGUACAUAUGUUUCAUUUCAGGAGGUAAGUUAUGUGCGGUGUCCAGAUCCCAGGCUGGUAAUUCUUGUUGUACAUACAGCUUGACAAGUGUGCUUCGCCAAAGCUUCUUGUACAAUUGUGUUAGAGAUUUCAGUG